UGCUCUCUCUCAGCAAGGAGGAGGUGCUGACGCCCUCACGUAUAUCCUGGCCCCGGCGGCUGGACUCUGUGAGCAUGGCUUGUGUGUCUUGCCAGCCUCCCCUCUUUAUGUUGAAGAGGGUCACCAGGCCACCUGUGGAUUUCAGGAGCUCCUGGAUGCAGUGUGGCUGGAGGAAGAACUGUCGCCUGUGAUUCUGGCGUGGCCAGCUGAGAAGAUCGUAGUAUCUCUGAGCAUGUGUGCUGGCUCAGGCUUGACUUCUCUGCCAUAGCUGCAUGUCUGUGAGGAACUGUACCUCGGGAGGGAGGCACUUCUUUGUGGCAUGGUUAUGUUUAGCAAGAUAUGUGGCCGACAUUGAUGGGCAUGCAGCUUCUCAGCUGGAUCCCCAUUUUGAACCUCGAGAUGGUCGUGCAUCUGUUUCCCUGCAGAGGGCUUAUCCAGCUUCUCAGCUGGAUGCUGUUGCUGAGCCUCCAGGUCUUCCCAGGGGUGGUCCAAGCGGUUUAGAGCCGCAGGGGAGUCCCAGGGGUGUUCCUGCAGGCGGUGGCCUUCUAGGUUCCCAGCUGGAUCCCACUUCUGAGCCUCAGGGGCAUGCCAGGAAUGUGGCCAUAGGUGGUGGAGAUUUAUCUUCUCAUCUGGACUCUGAUUUUGAGUCUCUGGGGAAUCCCAGAGAUGUCCCUGAAGGCAGUGUUUCUCCAGCUUCUCAGGGGCUGAAGCCUCUGCUUGAGCCUCAGGGAGAUCGCAGGGGCCUUGCUGGUGACGAAGAUGCCCAGGCUGCAGCUCAUAAAGGCCGACGAAAGCAGCGUUUGGUCCUGAGCGCUGCAGUCUCGGGUUCCGUAGUGUUUGCCGUGGUGCUGACUUGCAUAGUUACUUUCCGGCUGAGGAAGAGAAAACAAGAAGCGAUGCCAGCUAACCCUGCCGCUGCCUCCAACAGAGAGGAGUCAAGCACAGAGGAAGGCAGAGCAAAACCAGGGAGUGACAGAGAAAAGGAUGGGCUCACCCUAGAAAAUGAAAAUUUCAACAACAGCUCCAGGCGCCUUCCGGUGAACUUUGCGACAGAGCUUGCCCAGUUAUUUGAUGCCAUGAAUUCGAAAAGUUCAUUUCAGCCUAGAUGCCAGAGCAACUCAGAUGGUGGUUAUGGCUGUUCCUCAAAUAUCUGCAUUUCCCGGGAUUUUCCCCAAGGCGAUCAUUCCAAGUGUGUGUGUUUUCGUUACCAAGAGGGAUAUUGUACUUCAGAUGCAUAUUCCGAAUAGAAUAAUAAAAAUGGUGGGCUAAAA